AUUCGGUGCCCAAAUCAUUCUAUAAGAACUGAUAUAUUGAACUUUUCUCCGUCUUGAUUAAGUGGGAAAGUUAGAAAAUUAUUUAGUGAAUAUAAUUUAAUUUCGUUUUAAGUCAGACAACAGCUUUGUGUAAAACCUACACCAUGCCGAAAGGAAAGAAAAAAGGAAAAUACGAGCACAAGAGGACAGAGCAGUGCUACUCCUCCGACGAGGAUGCUGGCAUUGACAUGACGAUUGACAACAUGUCCGAGACUUCGGGACAGUCAGACCUGCGGAGCAUCCACGAUGAAGCCGACGCAGAAAUCCAGGAGAAGUUCGAAGAGAAAGUUAUGGAAACCAUCGACGGUCUAGGUGCCCGCGCAAACGCCGCGCGUGCCGCCGCGUUCACAUCACUACGGGCGGCGCUCCAACGAAGAUACCUGGCGCCAUUACUGGCCAACCACAGAGCUACGCUGGCCGACUAUCUCACCAAGGCUAUACGACGAGGCAGGGAUGGGGAGAGGAAGGCAGCCGCGUCUCUUGCGCCUCUGCUGGCGCUACAGAUCGGCGAAGACGGCACAGAGGAGUUCAUGAAGGAAGUGCGGCCCGCGCUGGUCGCCUGCGCCGUGGACAAGUCUGCCUCCAUCGAGACACGCACUGAGUGUUGCCUGUCCCUCUCCGUGAUUUGCUACUUGCUGGAGGAAGACCUCUCCGAAAUUCUGGAGGUUAUGCGGAUGUACGAAACCAUCUUCAGUGGCAGCUAUCUAAAGGGCGACGGUUCCGUCAAAGUAUCCGGACUAGCCGUAGAACAGGGCUCACUACACGCAGCCGCGCUAGACGGCUGGGCACUUCUGCUGUCACUGCCGCCCGCAGAGCACACGGCGGCUUUACUGCGGACCACGCCGCCCGGCUUCUCGCGACUGGCUGACCUGCUGACAGCUGCUAGUCUCGAGGUCCGCAUGGCGGCCGGCGGCGCGCUCGCCAUCGCCUACGAGUGCAUCGAGGACACAGACGCCGGCGACGACGCCUCCGACUACGUGGAGACUCUCCUGCCGCGGCUCGACUCGCUCGCGCGCGACUCGCACAAGUUCCGCGCCAAGAAGGAACGCAAGCUCCAGCGGGCCACCUUCCGGGACAUACUCAAGUACUUCGAGGAGGACACGGUCCCGGCGCUGUCCGUGCGCGUGGGCUCGGAGAAGGCGGAGUUCGGUACGUGGAGCGGGCGCGCGGCGUACGGCGCGCUGGCGGGCACGCUGGGCGCCGGGCUGCAGGCGCUGGCGCCGCACGCGGCCGCGCUGCGCGGAGCGCUCGGCCUGCCCGACGCCGUCGCCACGCUCCUGCCCAAGAAGAAGCUCAACAAGCUGCAUCGGCAUCUGGCCAACAACGCCGCAGACAAGGCACGGACGGUGGCGCGCGGCAAGAACCGCGACAAGCGCUCCGCCGCCCUCGCCAUCUGAACCCGACACGCGAGCCCGACCCCACACCCGGCAACCGACGGAACCCGACUCGCGGGCGCACUGGUAUCUGGGUUACACGAUCCGCCUGCCCUAUCGCUAUACUUUUAUCUAAGGACCUUUAACCUUUUGAACAUCUAAGGAUGUAAGCACAACUUCUUAGUUACUGUGGCGUACGGUGUUUCUGCGUAAAAAGUUAUGUAGAGGAUAUGAUGUUCAACUCUACUAAUCGUUAUUAACACAGUGUCACCGUUCAGUAAGCAUCCGUAUGAAGCGAAAUGCUCCUACAAACCGAAAACCCGAUAUCGAGUCAGUGGCACAGGCCCAAUAUAGGGCAAUUACUUAGAAUUCAAAUUACAUGCAAUAAGGGAUUAAAAAUUUCAAGUAAGGUUGACACUUUCGCAACCAAGAACCCGCCUGGUGAACUUUACUCAGAUGCCGGCCGCCAUACAACGGGCGGUUACGUUCGAUCUCUGACGUAGUGCACUAUUUUUGGCCUGGUAGUGAAUGUGUUAAAAAGGUGACGUUAUUGUUUAUAAUUUAAAGUAAAAAGGUUAAAGAUAUCGAAGGAUAAAAGGUUAUUUGUGUAAUUGCGUCACAAAAUCUCAACGAACACGCGUAGUUGAUAGGACUGUAACCGCUUAUACCAUGUGCUUAUAUCUCUCAAAUGAUCGAUUUGUUGUUAAGUUAGGCUUAGAUUAUAGCGGUUGUUUUGCGUUUUGAAAUGUGAUUAAAAUGUUAAAUUACUUGUUGAUUUGAUAUCGAUUUUGGUUGUAUAUUGGAAAGAAUCCUUUUUUGUAGUUAAAUAUUAGUGUCAACGCGUAACCCACAUACCGCGACGGUAUAUUCAAACUAUCCCAGUCAUGAUUGGGAUAAUAUAUUAUAGUUGUUUUUGGCUUAUUUUAGGUUCCAACGGCUAAAAAACUUUUUUUUUAAUUACGCUAGAGUAGUGCUGUAGUAUAGAACCAAAGAAAUUCUUUGUAUUGGAUUUUUGUAUUAAAAUUAAAAAGCAAAAAAAUGUUGGAACCUAUGUGCAUCGUCUGAUAUGUCUGGUGCUGGAUAACCUCGUGGUUUUAUUUUAUUAAAUUAUCAAAUAGAUUAGUUACAAACCUUUUAUUAACACAUUCAGUGCGAGCUACGAGCUUGGCCUAUACAUAUAGCGCAAAGUCCCUACGAACAUAGAACCCGCCUCGCGGGUCGCUGGCAGUGAAUGUGUUAAGUUGGCUCAA